AUGGCCAACACUGCUCUUCCCAAGGAAAGCCUCAUUCUGGUCACAGGAGCCACCGGCUUCAUCGGCGCCAACACCGUCUUCGAAGCUCUCGAAGCCGGAUUUCGUGUCCGCGGCACUUCCAGAUCGAAGGAGAGUGCCGCCAAACUCGAAGCAAGCCUCAACAAUCACCCCAAGUUCGCCAGCGCCAUCGUACCAGAUGUCUCGCAAGAAGGCGCCUGGGACGAAGCAGUCAAGGGGGUCGAUGCGAUCAUCCACAUGGCGACAGACACCUCGUUCUCCCCAGAUCCGAACGUCGUCGUCACCGCCACGGAGGAGGGCGUGCGAAACAUCCUCCGUUCAUCUAAGAAGGCCGGCGUGAAGCGCUUCGUUCUCACGUCGUCUUCUGCCGCUGUUCUCUUCCCAGUCUCGAACAAGGACAUCACUGUCGAAGUGAACGACUGGAACCAAGAGGCCUUAGAUGCCGCCUGGGCUCCACCACCAUACACCGAAGAGCGUGCGUUCGCAGUGUACGCUGCAUCCAAGGCUGCCAUGGAGAAGGCGAUGUGGAAGUUUGCCGAGGACGAGAAGCCGCACUUCACCGUCAACUCGAUCCUUCCGGACUUUAACGUCGGCCGAAUCUUGACGAGCGGUGGUCCCACGGGAAGCAGCGUUGAGAUGUUGCUAAAUGGGUCCGUUCCGCCGUUUCCUAACCAAUACCACAUUGAUGUGAUCGACGACGCAAGGAUUCACGUGAUUGCUGCUGCGAUGGAUCCAGGAGUGGAGAACGAACGCAUCUUCGCCUUUGCACGUCCAUUUCAAUUCACCGAGAUGAUCAAAGAUCUGCAUGAGCUUCGACCGGGUGUUCAGACCAUUGCUCAGCCACCAGAGAACGAGGGCCACGAUCUCAGCAAGGUGCCUAAUGCGCGUGGGGCCGAGCUGUUGAAGAAAUGGUAUGGCCAGGACGAGUACAAGACGAUGAGGCAGAGCAUUGAAGAAGCUCUUGCGACUUUGAAGGUGUAG